AAUGGUGGAAGGUGUUUUAGUCUGUGGUGGUUCCUCGUGGCGUUCAGGUCAGCCUUGCCUCCUGUCUGUGCUUGCCCCUCACCUGGCCCGGGGGCUGUGAGGUCAAGUCAGCUGCCGCACGUCGUGUUAAGCAAGACUCGUGCAGUUAUGGGUGUAUUCUGUAACACACUUGCUGCCGUGGGGCGUGUCACCCUGCCUCUUCUGGUGUUGCUGGGGACCUGUGCGCCAUCCCAACAAGCGACGAUUGGUGACGGGCGUGUGAGUCUCUACACUGGACGACCAAUCAACGGCUCCCUCUACUCCCCCUCCCCUGGUUCCUGUGAGGUGGACGAGCUACACUACCCCAGCGAGACAGCCAUCCCCAGAGACCAUCCCUGCCACUACUGCAUCUGUUACAGGUCCCAGAUCACGUGUUACUGGAAGCACUGUGCCGCCCCGCCAAGAAACUGUGCCGUGAUGCUUUUCGAGAAUGUGUGCAACCCUUCCCUCUACAUGUGCAAGAUCCCAGAGACGGCGCGGCCACAACCAAUCAGGAGGUUUGGAGAUCGUAUAUUCUCCCUACGUCGCCGCCGCCGUCUGCGCCGCUCACCCUCCUCCUCCUCCACCUCCUCCUCGGCGCUCGUCCCCCUCCCUCCCUUCAAUGAGCCAUUUCCUGUCACGCUGGACGACGCCUUCUUAACCCGAGUGUACCGCGAUGCCCCGCUGACUGAGUGGGCGGGGGAGGAAGGCCACAGGGGCAGGAGGGAGAUAGGGAACCCUCAUUACCACAAGGCGCCCAACCACAUCCCCCUCGACAAAUCUUGCACUAUUCUGGGAGUCAAGUACAACCUCGGGGAAGUGAUAGGUGUAGCCUCGGACAUGUGUAUGGAAUGCAGGUGUGCCGCAGGGAGGAUGUUCUGUAGUCCACGUUGUUGUUUCCUACCCUCGCCCCUCACACUGACACUGGCUCACCUGGACAUCCUCACCUCAGCCGCCCCGCCGCCCCCACGCCCUCACCCGCUCCACUACAUCAGAAACCAGAUCUCCACGCGAUAGGAUGCUGGAUGGAAAGGAUGCAGGAAACAAUAUGGAGAAUAAAUCGAUGGAAGGUAGGAAUGAAUGGGAACGCGGUGAUGAGGGAAGACAAAUGAGAAGUGAAGGGAAACAGAAGGAUGGAUGCGAGGAACUGAAGGAAGGAAGACAUGGAAGGACGAAAGGAUAGAAUGGACAAAAGCAAAUAUGAUAACGAGGUAAUGGAAGAAUAAAUGAAAAGUGAAGGAAAAAAAA